AUGGGAGACGACAAAUAUAAUAGAAAUGCCUUAGUCAAUCGGACAUUACCUCAGAUGCAGCUAGCCAACGGUUUGAGCAACUCAGCACCUCCCUCAACUGAUUCUGAAAAGAGUUCAUCAGGGUUGAAUCCUGCUAUCAAUAGAUUUGCGGUUAAGGGAAAUGCGAUCUUCACAGGAGGAGCAGGCACUCUAGCUUUACAAGGAGCUCGUGCCCUUCUCGAACACGGUCUUAGUGGAUUAGCUUUAUAUGAUAUCAAUCCAAAAGACGAUCAUCCGGGCAUAUCCGCCUUGAGGGCAGAUUUUCCUAGUGCCAAAAUCCUAUUGAAAAAAGUUGAUGUCACAAAUGUGGAAAUUUUGAAUCAAGCUAUCGAUGAGACAGCAUCGACUCUCGGAAGUAUUGAUAUAUUGUGUUGCUACGCAGGUGUUGUGGGAUGUGUGCAUGCGCUCGAUAUCACUGUCGACGAGUGGAGACGCACUUUGGAGAUCAAUACGACUGGGGCAUUUCUAUGUGCACAAGCUGUUGCCAAAAGAAUGGUUGAUCAAAAAACUGGUGGUUCCAUAGUGUUCAUCGCAUCGAUAUCUGGGCAUACUGUUAAUUAUCCUCAACCUCAAAUCGCUUACAAUGUCUCCAAGUCUUCUUUGCUUCACAUGAAAUCAUGUCUUGCAGCUGAGUGGUCUCGGUAUGGCAUCCGUACGAAUACCAUUUCUCCGGGUUACAUGGAUACUAUUCUCAAUGAAGGUGAUGGAUUAGAAGAGGCAAGAAAUAUAUGGACUUCGAGAAAUCCAAUGGGUAGGAUGGGAAACCCAGAGGAAUUGAGUGGAGCUUUGAUACUAUUGUGUAGUGGAGCGGGAAGUUAUAUUACUGGAGCUGAUCUGAUUGUCGAUGGAGGUCAAACUAUCUUUUGA